AUGGCAACGAGACAUCGAAGAUGGCCCUACGAAAGUGAAUACACGGCUUCAGGCAACGACGCUGUGUUGUGUUGUGUUGUACUUCUGCAUUUUUCGACCGCACACUUACCGCUCGUUUUGCUGGUCCCCAGCGGAGCUGAGCACGAAGCGCUGAUUCAGCGCAAGUCUGGAAAGGACAACAUUCCAAUUUCAGCACUGACCUACUUUCACGCGAUGCUUUGCGGUUACGCAUCUUUCUAA